CUCCCUGACCAUACAAUAAUGACUCUCUCCAAGGAUGUGGAGUAUCAGGCCCCUACUACUACUCCCAGCACCGGGAAGGUGCCCGCUCUGGAUGGCAUGGAUUACAGUAGCAGUAGCAGUCUUGAGCAGAUGGAGGGGGUCUUCAAGUCGGUGGAGCCCCCCAGAAGGUCCACUGGCAGGCUGCUUAUGCAUGGCAUGGCCAUGUUUGGGAGGGAGUUUUGUUACGCGGUGGAAGCUGCUUAUGUCACCCCUGUCCUACUGAGCGUUGGACUCCCUAAGAGCUUGUACAGCCUGGUCUGGCUCAUCAGCCCCAUCUUGGGUUUCGUUCUGCAGCCGGUGGUAGGAUCUGCCAGUGACUACUGUCGGUCUCGCUGGGGCAGACGGAGACCCUACAUCCUGGCGUUGGGGAUUCUGAUGGUUUUGGGUAUGACGCUCUACCUCAAUGGCGACACUGUGAUAACCGCUAUAUUUAGGAACCGCAACAGCCCGGAGAAGAGGACGUGGGCCAUCGUCAUCACAAUGCUGGGGGUUGUGGCUUUUGACUUUGCUGCGGACUUCAUUGACGGGCCGAUCAAAGCCUAUCUGUUUGAUGUGUGCUCGCACCAGGACAAGGAGAGAGGCCUGCACUACCACGCGCUGCUCACUGGUGCAGAAGCGAAUGACUCUGAAGUCUCUGGUCCGCGCCCUCCUAACCAUGCCGUCUCAUUAUCGUUACCUGUGUGUGAGCCACCUCAUCGGAUGGACGGCCUUCCUCGCAAACAUGCUUUUCUUUACCGAUUAUAUGGGGCAGAUUGUUUACCAUGGAAAUCCAUAUGCACCUCAUAACUCUACCGCGUACCUUAUCUAUGAGCGAGGGGUGGAAGUAGGAUGCUGGGGCAUGUGUAUUAAUGCCAUCUCUUCAUCCUUGUACUCCUACUUACAGAAGGCUCUUCUACCCUACAUUGGAUUAAAGGGCCUUUACUUUGUUGGCUACCUCCUUUUUGGAUUAGGAACCGGCUUCAUAGGGUUGUUCCCCAACGUUUAUUCUACACUGGCCCUGUGUUCGCUCUUU